AUGACGACGACAGCCCCUGAGAGGCUCCUCUCGCCCACGCCCUCUCAGAUCCCUCUACCCGGCUCGAUCUACUCGUACGCCUCAACCGCCAACCAGCUCUCGUCCUACAGUCUCCCUCUCCCACCUCCCCCGCGCCCCGCCCACGCCGUGCUCACCAAGGCCGACCUCGAGCUGUCGCAGCAGGCCUACUCGGACCUCCUCGCCACCGCCAAAUCCUACCGCAUAGCCCUCUCCUCGCUGUCGACCGCCGCGUCCGCCUUCGGCUCGGCCCUAGAAUCAUGCGCGCGCCUGAAGGAGUCGCGCGCCGACUCGCUCAGCGCCCCGCCCGCCGGCGCCAACCUGACGAACAGCUUCACGUCGCCCAAGGGCAGCUGCACGGCCGACUUGCUACUAGGCGCUAGCGGCGUGCACCACCUGAUCGCGAACCACCAGCAGAUCCUGUCCGAAACAGUAUACCGCAGCUUCGAGGUGCCGCUGCUGCACGAGCUGGACAAGUGGCGGCGCGACAUGGAGGACGAGGACGCUUCGUACCAGCAGGCCGUCGCCCAACGGUCGCGCGAGAUCCGCCGCCUCGAGAAGGACGGCUUGAAGCUGCACAAGCAGCGCCGCCGCGACGUCGGCAAGUUCCGCGAGCACCUCGUCGAGCUGACGGGCCGGCUGGACGGCCUCACGGCGCUGCACGGCGAUCAUGCACGCGCCAUGCUGCGCGAGAGCCAGGAGACGAGCGUCAAGAUCCUCGACGCGAGCUGCUCGCUCGUCAGGGCCGAGGUCGACAUAUUUGAGGGCCUGGCGCGCAAGGGCUGGAGCGGCGGCGGGCUCGACGAUCUGCUGGAGAAGGGGCAGGAUCUUUUUGCAAGCGAGGACGACGAUGCGGCGGCAGCGUUCGUGAGCAACGGGGCGGGUGGUGGCGGUGCGGGCGCCGCGGAUGGGACGAAGCUGUUUAGUAUACUGCCGCCCAGGAGCAUACUGGCCGACUCGGGGUCCGACUCGGGCGGCAGGGGGCGCACGAAGGGCGGCCAUGGACGCGCCGACAGCCUGCUCGUCGAGACGGACCGGUACCAGAGCCUGGCGGGUGCCGUCGUCGAUCGGGACCGCACCGAUACCGAGAGCAUAUUCUCCGAGUUCAACCAGAGCCGCGGCGUGCGGCCGUUCAGUCCGCAGCCCAUACGCCGGCGCGCGACGGACGUCAUCAUGGAUCCCGAAUCGCUGCUUCUGGGACACGAAGACUACGGCAAUGAUGAUGGCGGCAGUGACGGUGGUGCUGGUGGUGAUGAUGAUGGCGUGGAGGGGGCGCGGGAUGCGUCGGCUCAGGGGCUGACCACUGUACUAAACGGGGACGAGAUCGAUGCCGACGCCGACUCGCCUUGGAGAGACAUGGGCCUUGAGAGAACAGGCGGGGAGGGAGAUUUAACGCCGCAGCCGGUUGAUCCUGUAGAUGCCUCGACUGCUGACGAGAGGGAGCGCAGAUGGAGUCCCAAUGAGGAAGACGUCGAAUGA